CAGCCUGUCACCAACAAAGUCUCUCUCUCUCGCACGCGCUCUCCUAUUCUCGUUUCUACCACUCUCAUUCCCUCACCUCUCUCUCAAACUCAGCUCGAUUUGCUCUCGCGUCCCUGAGUCUGGUCGUUCGAGCUGAACGGAUCGGAACUCUCUGACUGGUUGUUUGACCGGGUAGUCGAUCUCAGGGCUUAAACAAAAGGUCAAAAUGCUUUUGCAAGAUUGAGCUCACAAUUCAUAAAGCAAAGCUUGUUCAGAUUGCGGAUAGAUUUUAGUCAUGGAGUUUUGUUGAUAUUACGAAUCGGAUUAAUGCUUUACUACAUACCGGGCUUCUGACUGACCAAUGAUAGUGGAAAGCAUUUUGUGGUCAACAGAAGGAUAUGCCCCAUGAUUUGUGCUGAGAGGAUUACUGUCUAAACUCCUGGUGUUCGUUAUCUGCCGUUGGUUCAAUCCAGUUUCAUAACCUAAGCAGUAUUUUCAUAUCGGAAGAUGUUUCUGUUUUCAUGCUGGUAGAGAGCAUGCGUGGAAUCUGUGCUUUGGGUAAUGCCCCUGACAAGGUUUGUUCCUGAUGCACUCGGUGUGGUGACAAUUUGUCUCGUCGCUCUUUUGGUCCUUCUUGGCUUGUUCUGUAUCCUCUACUUAUUCUACUUCCGGUCUCACAUCCGCAAUCAAGGUUUUAUCCAACUCGGUUACUUCAGCGGUCCCUGGAUCAUCCGAAUCACUUUCAUCCUGUUUGCAAUCUUGUGUGGUUUUGGUGAAAUCAUUCGGUUAAGUUUGUUGAGACAGCAAGGAAGAGUAUUGAAUGCCCUCAACUGGAAAUGGCAGGAAACGGUUUGCAAGUGUUACAUCGUUUCAAACCUUGGAUUUACCGAACCAUGCUUGUUUCUCACCCUAGUGUUUCUCCUUCGUGCAUCACUACAGAAGUCAGAGUCCAGCACAUUCAGUCAAAAAUGGAACGGAAAGACAGCAGUUUAUGUUCUUUUGUAUUGCCUUCCAAUGUUUCUCUUUCAGCUCAUCGUUAUUUUACUGGGACCACAUUUUAACAAGGGUGAGAGUCUUGCGAACAAAUUGCCCCAUUAUUUUACGAGGACUGCGGCUCGAUCUAAGACGACAGACCAACACCAUAUUGCCCUUUGCACCUACCCCUUAUUGAGUACCAUCUUACUUGGUCUCUUUGCUACUGUUAUAACUACCUAUUUGUUCUUGCUUGGAAGGAGAAUUCUAAAUCUGGUCAUCAAUAAGGGUUUGCAAAAGAGGGUUUAUACCUUGAUAUUCUCUAUUUCCGGGUUUUUGCCAUUAAGAGUUCUUUUCCUUGGUUUGUCUGUUCUAUCUAGGCCCGAACACCUUCCCUUUGAAGCUCUUGCAUUCUGUGCUUUUCUUUCCCUUUUAUAUUGUGCUGGGGUGGGAAUUUUCAUGCUCGUCUACUACCCAGUUGCUGAUUCUUUAGCUUUGAGGAGUCUACCAGAUGUUGAGACUAGGAGAAGUAUUAGUGAUGAACCCAAUGACACACUUCCACUAAUUGCUAACCAAAGCCGUCUAGAAGAAAUUGAGGAAAGUAGUGCUGGGAAGUGGGAAUCUAUUUCUUUUCGGGCCAUGGAGAGAGAUGACUCAUCGGGGGCAUUUGUGGAACUGAGCCUCCUUUCUCCAAGUCAGCUGUUCACCCCACCAGGCUCGCCUCGCUGGCCUGUCCUCCCUCCGAUACAUGUCCAUGGACCGUGAAAGCAAACAAGAAUGACAACCAUUCUUGAAGAGGUUUUCCAUUGCAAUUUCUUGUGGAGGAAUCAACAAAUCGUGGCAAAACAGAAGAUCUGCGGGGCCAAUUUUUUCUGCUCAAAAGAACUCUUGGUAAAACUCCAUUUUUGUGUCUUAUACGGAAAAAGAAACUCUAUUUUUGUGGCUGUUUGUAAAGGGUUUUGGUUUGAAUAAGGAUUGCUAGUUUUGGUUUUCUUUGUAUUUGAGGUAAUGUUUUACCCGCUGAUGCCCACCUUAUUUUUUUUGGUGGAACACUUGGUCUGUAUCUUUACUUCCAUAACAAUUUGAAGUGCAUUUAAGCAUAAGAUAAAGGUUCACCCCUCCUACUUCCAUAA